CUAGUGAGCCAGUGUAGUCAGAACCGUGAGAGCACUGUGAGUCAGUGGAGCGCUCGCGUUUCUCAGCCUCCGCGCACGUCACGAUCGAGGCUCGGCCCUUUCUCUCUCACACACACACACACACACACACACUCUGGCUCAUACACUGCGCUGCACCCCGUCAGGAACAUCAGUCUACUGUGCUGAAGCCAACCUGUUCACUCCAUCAUGGGAGCCUGCUACCUCGAGAAGAAAGACAGAAAGAUAGGGAAGCUGAACGGGUGGAGAAAGUUCAAGAGGAUGUUGAACAGAGAGCUAACACACCUCUCAGAGAUGAGUCGUUCUGGAAACCAGGUGUCCGAGUUCAUCUCCAACACCUUCCUAGACAAGCAGAACGAUGUGGAGAUCCCGUCCCCGCCCCCCAGUGCGCGGGAGAGGAAGAAGAAGGCUCUGAUGACCCAGAUCAGCGGAGUGAAGAAGGUGGCCCACGGUCCCUCUCUCUCCUCCAGCUGCAUCUCCCGCUUCGGGGUCAAGACCGACAAGGAGGACUUGCUCUCCAAGGAGCUGGAAGACCUGAACAAGUGGGGCCUUAACAUCUUCACCGUGUCUGAGUACUCCAACCACAGACCGCUAACCUGCAUCAUGUACGCCAUCUUCCAGGAGCGAGACCUGCUGAAGACCUUCAAGAUCCCGACCGACACGCUGGUGGCCUACAUGAUGACCCUGGAGGAUCACUACCACUCAGACGUGGCGUACCACAACAGCCUGCACGCCGCGGACGUGGCUCAGUCCACACACAUCCUGCUGUCCACCCCCGCUCUGGACGCGGUCUUCACGGAUCUGGAGAUCUUAGCGGCCAUCUUUGCCGCCGCCAUCCACGAUGUCGACCAUCCGGGAGUGUCGAACCAGUUCCUCAUCAACACCAAUUCGGAGCUGGCGCUGAUGUACAACGACGAGUCGGUCCUGGAGAACCACCACCUGGCCGUGGGCUUCAAGCUGCUGCAGGAGGAGAAUUGCGACAUCUUCCAGAACCUUCCCAAGAAACAGAGGCAGUCCCUCAGGAAGAUGGUCAUCGACAUGGUAUUGGCUACAGACAUGUCCAAACACAUGAGCCUAUUGGCUGAUCUGAAGACCAUGGUAGAGACAAAGAAGGUGACCAGUUCUGGUGUUCUGCUGCUGGACAACUACACCGACAGAAUACAGGUGCUGAGGAACAUGGUUCACUGUGCCGACCUCAGCAACCCCACCAAGUCCCUGGAGCUGUACCGCCAGUGGACGGACCGCAUCAUGGACGAGUUCUUCAGCCAGGGCGACCGGGAGAGGGAGCGCGGCAUGGAGAUCAGCCCCAUGUGUGACAAACACACCGCCUCGGUGGAAAAGAGCCAGGUGGGCUUCAUCGACUACAUCGUGCACCCCCUGUGGGAGACCUGGGGGGACCUGGUCCACCCCGACGCCCAGGACAUCCUGGACACUCUGGAGGACAACCGUAACUGGUACCAGAGCAUGAUCCCCCAGAGCCCCUCCCCGCCCUUCUACGACCAGGGGCAGGACGGCCACGGGGGCGACAAGUUCCAGUUUGAGCUCACCCUGGAGGAGGAGGACUCUGAGUGUACGGAGAAGGAGGACCAGAGCCAGGAGGAGGAGGACAGCCUGGGGGAGCCCACACACUCCCCUCUGGACCUCUCAGACAGCCAGGAGCCCAUGGAGCCGGCGUGCGUUGAGAUCGUCACACACGGCGCCUCGCCCACCGACACCUAGGAGAGCCUGGAGGAGCGGGGCUCUGCACCGCGCCACGGUGUCUCGUUUUAACAAGGAGAGAUCCUGCAGUCAUGCUUUUAACGAGGCCCGCCAUGGGCCUCCGUCUGAGCCAAGAGGGGGGGUGUGGCUCUUGAGUUAGGAGCCGGCAGAGGGAGAGUUUUGGUCGACCGGCUAGCGAGUUCUCAGGAAAAACUAAACGCUGCAGAACAUUAGUGGGACUGAGGAGGCGUGCGGCUGGAGAACUGAAGGAUUGUGGGACAGUUCGGAAACGGUUAUAUUUUCUUUUUUUUUUCGAACUGACGUCCGUGACGUUGACACUACUGACAGAAGUUUUGUACCUUGUGACCUUUCUACGGCGCCAGGAUGCCAGGAGGUAGCAGACGAACUACUGAUGGACGUGCGUUUGUAUCGCGAGCGAGAGAAAAAAAGGGUUUACUUUUUUCCUUGUAACAUUUGUCAAAGGACUUUUGUGUGCCUUUUUUACGAUUGUCUUUUUACUAGUUUUUUAUUUAUUGAACACACUUUAGUAUGUACGUGAUUUUUGUUUUCUUUUUCUUCUUAAGAAUAUUUGAAAGCUGAAGAGCAAAAUCCUUUUGUAUCUCCGACAGAGAACAGUCUUCCUUGUAUUGGGCAAUAGAGAACUACAAACAACUUUAGACAAACCUUGGACUAACUCAUCAAUAACAAACAUGAAUUCCCAUGAUAGACGCACAGUCUUGUUCGCAAUAUUUCAGUUUCAAUCCAAGCACAACAAAUAUGUUUAAUUUGUGUAAGUGUCAGAUUUCACUGUUAGAUCCAUGAUUUUUUUAACCUCAAAUACACAUCUUUCUGAAAUCACCUGCUCUCUUUCAUCUUCCCUCCUCACGUUACCGUGGGCGACGUAUAUUUCCCCUCACCCCCCCCCCCUCAGUGUGGUUCCUUUCCUGAUUUCCUAGCUGUCCAGAGAUGUGUGUUCACAGCGGCUGCUGGGCAGCUACUGAUGUGACCUGUCACAAGGAGCAGGGUUAUUUUCAGCCCUGAAGAGCCCCACUGCCUUAUUAAUCAUGUUAGCCUAACUCAGCGAUGCUCAGACCCAUUCUGAUGUACCCGCCCCCUGCCUCUCUCCAAUCAGGCCCAGUCGUAAUGAUGAAAGGUGCCCUGGCGACUGCCUUACUGAAAAUCUCCCCCCUCACACCUUGAUCAGCGCUUUUAUUCACCAGGUCUAUGAAAGCCUGUGGAUGGGGCCCUUAAAACAAUCAAAGAGAAAGGGAGGUGAGGCGAGGCAUUGACGUAAGCGCUUUGUCUCUUUCCUCCGCGCCCCAAUCCUCGGAUCACAUGUCGGAUCACAUGUCUCUGGACAGCAGGUUAUCAGGACAGACCACUGAGAGGUCAUUCUGUCUGUUACCAAACCCAAGAGAAAAGAAAAAACGAUUUCUCGAGAAAGACAGGAGGGAGAUUGAGUGGAGGAGGGAGGAACUGAAGGUCUUGAGAUACUGUUACUAAACCAAAAGGCCCCUAGCUACUGUGUGUGUGUGUGUGUGUGUGUGUGUGUGUGUGUGUGUGUGUGUGUGUGUGUGUGUGUGUGUGGGCUGGGGGGGGGGGGUGUUCCUCUAUGACUGGUUUUCAUGGAGCUCUUAGUAAGCAUCUUGCAUUUCUUUUCCACUCUCUCUUGGUUUACUGACAUACUCAAAGGUACAUCAGCUACCUUGUCGUCUUCGCUGACGCCACCAGCCAAGUGGCAGGUGUGUGUGUGUGUGUGCACAUACAGGCUGCAGGUGUGUGUGUGUGUGUGUGUGUGCACAUACAGGCAGCAUGUGUGAGCAAGUGUGUGUGUGUGUGUGUGUCUCUUCUCUGUCACAUGACCUUACGUACCCACAAGAGUCCUCGUACUGUUUGUCACUAGAGCUUAAGUUGGUCCUUUGCUGUUUAUAACAGUGGAUUUAUUAUAUUUUAACCUGUAAAUAAGAAAACUGGUUCAGUGUAAAUCUAUUUUAAUUUAUAUGCACUCGCAUUACCUGGACGUGGUGGUGUCUGAUGUUAACAAGGCUCUGCUUCGGAGUCCUUUUAUAUCCUUGUAUUAUAUAUUGUUUAGGUUUUUUAUAUAUAUAUAAAUAUAUAAGUAUAUAUUCGCACAAUGUUUUGAGUGCCCUAACUAGCAGCUAAAGAGACAUAUAUAACCCUAACUCAUGGGUGGUAUUGAAGACAUUAGAAAAAGUAGAUUUAGGAUGUCUACAGGCCUGUUCUAGAGAGAAAGAGACUUGAUGUGUCAGCGGGAUCGGAUCCAGAUCGAGUCUCUCACGUCAGUGGCUCGUGGGGUUGUUUGGCUCCAACCACAUUGAAAGCAGAUUGCUGAUCGAGUUUCAGAUUUUGGAGUUUAAACGUCAGCAAGAAAUAACAUGAAAUCGUACACGAAAAACACCUUCUUACACGUCACACUCCAUGUAAAGUAGAUAUCCAGGGCGGGUAUUGGUAGCAUGCUACAAUAGUCCACAGCACCGGUGUGAAAUCGUUAUGAAUUACGAAAAAUGUGAUCUUCUGUAAUUGAUUGUGCUAAUGUGAACUCUUUUUCUGACCAAACUUGUUAGCAGUUUUGAAAUUCAAAUUGUCCGUAUAACAUUGUUAAUCUAUGUUCAAGCUUUUUUGCUCCAAGUUUUGUCCAAAUGGAUAGCCAGACUUAGCACUAUCUGCAUGAGAGAUUGGGUUGUAUAUCUGUUCAGUACCGCGUUGACACAAACAGAUAUUCAGUGUCUCACACAAUGUAUGGUAUAAUAUUGUAUAUUGUGUUCAAAUGAAAUCUGAAAUACUUUUUUUCUAUGAAGUGAUUAAAAACAAAGCAUGAAUCCAC